CUGAAUUGCCCAGUAACUGUACCUGCAUGAUGAGGAAUUUGAUUCUGCUCCUUCUAUUUGUUCUUUCUGGGCUUCCAUGGAGUCAACAAGUUAAUUAUGAACCCGGCUUCCAAGUGGGCCAGAAGUAUGUCUACAACUAUGAAAGCAUCCUUUUAAGUGGAUUGCCUGAAAAGGGAUUGGGAAGAACUGGGAUAAGCCUGAGAAGCAAAGUUGAAAUUAGUGGUAGAAAACUCAAAUUCCCAGCUAUGAAGAUGGGCUCAGUUGUUGUGGCUGACUAUAAUGGUAAAUGGCCAAAAGAUACAUUUGUUAACUCGCCAGAGCUCACACAGGCUCUGGAAUCCCAGCUUGCCCAGUCUAUCAAGUUUCAGUAUAGCAACGGCCAUGUUGGAGAUAUUUAUGCUCCAGAAUCAAUGUCAGAGAAUGCUCUGAAUAUAUACAAAGGAAUCCUGAACAUGCUUGAAGUGACCAUCAGAAAGGCCCAAAGCACCUACAGUUUGUCUGAGACUGGAAUUAGUGGCCGCUGUAAUACAACGUACUUUAUUAGAGAAGACCAAAAAUACAACUUGGUCCAUAUCACUAAGUCAAAGGAUUUGAAUAACUGUAAGGAAAGUGUCCAGAUGAAUACUGGAUUUGCUUAUGCUGUCAAAUGCAAGGAAUGUAAACAGCCCAACAGAAACUCCCGAUCCACCUCUACUUCCACUUACAAGAUAAAAAUUUCUAAAGGGGAGCCCUUGAUUAUUUAUGCCGAGGUACAGGAAAUACAUCAAUUUACCCCUUUUAAUGAGCUGACUGGAGGAGAAGCAGUGACUCAAGUAUGGCAGAAGCUAGAACUAACCUAUAUACAGAAAGCUUCCUCAGAAAACCAAGAGACCGGAUUUCGGAAUCGGGGAAACCUUUUCUACCAUUUCGGGAAUGAAUUGUUUCAAAUGCCUGUUCACCUGUUUGAAAUUCAAAAUAUAGAGAGUCAGAUAGCAGAAGUAAUGGAGUAUCUGGUGGUCCACAUGGAAAACUUGGUUCCUGGUGAAAUGUCUUCAAAAUUCCUUCAACUAGUCCAACUCUUCCGAAUGGCUAAUGUCAUCACCAUAGACUCAGUGUGGAAAAAGUAUGCUGACCAAACGUCUUACAGGAACUUGUUUUUAGAUAUAAUUCCUGCUGUGGCCAGUAUAGAGGCCAUAAGAUUUCUAAGGCUUAAAAUUGACCAGCAGGAACUCAAUGCUUGGGAGGCUUUUCAGACUGUGCUUUUGAGUCUGCAUUUCUGUACUGCAACCCAGGAAGCUGUUGAUGAAGCUAAGUUGAUACUGAAAAAUACCCAGUCACAUCCAUGGGAUAUUCUCCGCAUCACUGGGUUUCUCGCCUAUGGGUCAUUGGUUUAUAAGCAUUGUGCUAAGUCAGUGAAUUGCUCAGAAUCAUCUCUCCAGCCCCUCCAUGAUUUUUUAGCUGAGGCAUCACACAUGGGUGAUGAAGAGGGCAUGAUUCUGGCCCUGAAGUCCAUAGGGAAUGCAGGACACCUAGCCAGUCUAAAGCAGAUCAAGAAAUUCCUGCCUGGGUAUUCAUCUGGUACUUCUGAUCUUCCCAUCAGAAUUCAGAUCGCAGCUGCUCUGUCCCUGAGAAACAUAGGCAAGAGAAACUCCAAAGAGGUUCAAGAAAUUGCCAUUUAUGCCUUCCUCGAACCCAACGUCCCUCCCCAAGUUCGAAUUGUUCUUUCCCUGGUGAUAUUUGAAACGAUCCCGGGGGUCCCGGUAUUGGCAACCAUGGCCAACACCAUGCUAAAGGAACGCAGCUUGCAAGUGGCCAGCUUCGUCUUCUCCCAAAUGAAGGCUUUGGGGAGAAGCUCAGCUCCAGAACAUCGGUCAUUGGCUUUAGCCUGUAGACUUGCCCUUAGAAUUCUGAAGCCCAUGCCUCACAAAAUCAACUUUAGCUUUAAACUCAGUAGAAGCUAUUACUGGGACAGCUUCUCAGAAUUGCUAAUGGCAGGAUUUGCCUUAAAAUACUAUUCAUUAAAUAAAGCAGGCAGCACAUUACCACCUGAGAUUAUUAUUGCAUUAAAGGCAAACUUCCUUGGGAACACUGCAGAUAUCUUGGAGUUUGAAAUGCACACUCAAGAAAUGCUGGCUACAAUCCUGAAAAAAAACCUGUCCAGAAGUGACUCAUAUAGAGUAGAUGAUAUCAAGGAUUUCAUAAAAAUGCUUCCAGACUGGAAGGCAAUCCCUUCUGAUAAAUCACAUAUUUCCCUGUAUUUGAAGUUAUUUGGACAAGAGAUUUUUUGGUAUGAGUUUGAUAAACAUGCAAUCCGGAUGGCAAUUCAGGCAUUUGGGCAAUCUGAGGGAAGACUCCAGAUAAUGAAAAAGAUCCUUGACAGUCUUCAAAAUGGCUGCCAUAAGAGUUGGGUAAAACCACUCCUUUUCUCUGAAAUCCGUACCAUCAUGCCAACCUCCUUCGGACUACCCAUAGAAAGGAGCUUCUAUUUCAUAUCUGUGACAAGCCUGGUUGGAAAUGUUCAAUCUCAGAUCUCACCCGUGUCAUCUGCAAAUUUUAGAUUAGUGGACUUAUUCAAUAUGAACAUUGAAAUGCACCUAAAAGCAAACCUGAGCAUUGAAGAACAUAUUAUUGCUGUUAUGGGAGUUAACACACAUCUUUUACAAGCUGUAAUUGAAGUUUAUGCAAGAAUGCAAGCGGAUAUCCCUUUGGAUAUGACUUCUUCACUUGAUUUUAAGGCACAAUCUUUCAAAUUUGUAUUUCUACCAUCUAUUCAUGAUGCUGAAUUUGCCUACAUAAGUUCCAAGACAAAUGCAAUAACUAGAAACAUCGGAGCUCCAUCAUCUACUAGAAUGACUCCAGUGGUUGGAUUUUACUUCCGGGACUCAUACCAAGAUCCAUUCAAUUCCACAUCUGCAUCAGAAGACCAGAGGAUAAAAAGGGUGACACCAGCUUUAGAUAUUUCUGAAGGAAACGCAAGCAGAGACAUCAUCUCCCCUUUAAAAACAGUGUGUUACAAUAUGAGCACCUUAGGAUUCCAACUUUGCUUUUUGCAUACAAGCAUCUCAGCUGCAUACAUCAAGCCUGUUCCCCUCUACCAUGUCAUCGGGGAGCAUUUUAUUAUAGUGACUGUUAGACCAGAACCAGGAAUUCAGAAAGUACAAGUGGCCAUUCAGAUGGGUCCUGAGGCUCCAGCAAAGAUGGUGCAGGUAGUGCAUUUUGGAGCAGAGAACUCAUCAUCAGAGGAAAAAGGCACAUUUGAAGAACUGGAAGACAUGGACAAGCACAUGUUCCUUGGAGACACAUUGCCCCCAACAGUGACAGCAAUCGCCCGAGCAAUCCGGACUGACAACAAGGAGCAGGGUUUUCAAGUUACAGGCUACAUUAAUUCUAACAGAAGCAAAGUCGACCUGCAGCUAGUGGUGGUUCCACUGACUGAUGUAAAGUGGAAAGUCUGUGCCGAUGCAACUGUGUUACCCCUAAAGACCAAGGGCAGGCUGAGAUGGGGCAUGGAUUGUAAGAAUUACAAAAUAGAAGCUCAGGCCACUGUGGGCCAGGUAACCAAGAAACCAGUCAUCCAGGUGAAGAUAGACUGGGGAAGGCUUCCCUUAAUGCUCGAGACAGUGUUUAAAAAGAUUUUUAAAUAUAUCUCAGAGAUAGCCUGGGCAUCUGGCUUUUCUGAAGCGCAGGGGGAAAGGACAUCUCACCAAGCCAUAUUUCAGGCAGUGGCGACAUCUUCCCGGACAAUCCACACAGUCAUUAAAAUUCCAGAGGUAAACUUUUAUUACUCAACAUUUCCAGUUCCAUUUGCUUUGCCUGUAGAAUCAUCCCCUGUGACUAAUACCAGCACCAUGGCAGUUUGGAACUUCCUUUCAGAAAUAGCUUUCCUUAUAAAGAAAGAGGAUGAAGCCCAGUGUGAAGUCAGUGAAACUGCCUGGAAAACAUUUGAUGGCAUGGAGUUCAAGUGUUUCCAUCCUCACGAUCACGAGCUUGUUGUGGCCAAAGAUUGCCGUGUGGCCCCCAAAUUUGUGGUUCUCACAAAGAAAGAAUUUACCAAUUCCACCAGAAAGGUUUCCCUAUUUUUGGGGAAAAGGAGAAUAGCAAUCUAUCCAGCUUCAUCAUCAAAUCUCUGUGUAAUUUUGGAUGACACCCCACUAUUAACAAAUGAAGGUGUAUAUGAGGAUAAAGAAGACUACAUAAAUAUUUACCAACAAAAUGGAAGUAUUACUAUAUUAGCAUCUGAAUUUGGAUUAGAAGAAUUAGUUUAUGAUGGCAAAAUACUUAAGAUUACCAUCUCUUCUUGGAUGAGAGAGAAGACCUGUGGAAUUUGUGGAAAAGCCAACUGGGAGGUUCAAGAUGAACUGGAAAUGCCCAAUCAGAAGCAGGCCCAUGACUGCACGGCUUUUUUUCAUGCAUGGUUGUUGGUCAAAAAAAACUGUGACAAAGGGUGCAAAAUGCAAAGGAAGUAUGAGUUCUUGGACCUUGUGGUGAAAGGCGAGGAAUCCACAUGUUUCUCCACGGAGCCAGUUUUGAAAUGUAGGAAAGGCUGCAGGUCAGCUGAGACCACCAGACUUAACAUUGGUUUCCAUUGCUUCCCCAGAGAUUUUUCGAUGAGUCUGGCCCAAUGGGAAGACACAAGGGACAAGCAAACCCUUGCAGAGGAUACAGUGGAAGCCAUAGAUGCUGAUAUCAAUUGCACAUGUCUGAGUGACCGUCCUCUAGUGUGAUGCUUUAUGAUUCAUCCGACAGAUGCCAUGCCAGCAUCCUCAAAGAGCAUCCUGACUACAAAGGGAACACGAGAGGUUCAGAAAAUAUUUUUAAAGUAUGCUUGAAAAGUCAUAAAAGUUGUGCAUUUCUAUAGAAACUAAUGCAUUAUGUACAGUCAUUUAAAAUAAAUGUAUUG